UAAUGUAUUAUAAAUACCCUACUGGUAUGACACUGACCACUGAAAUAAACACCAAAUACAAAUUGAAUAAUUGGGGGGUUUAUUGCUAAACAUUUCCCUGGAUUUUUAAAUAAAAUUCUUUAUAGGUAUUUGUUUUUACAAUAUAGGCUUGGAGGUAACAUUAGCUGAUUUACCUCCCAAUGGGUUGAUCAUGAAUCCUGACAACGGCAUCCCACCAACAGUGGACCUUGUGUGCAGUUACACAGUGGAUCCCGGAGAGACGAUGCAGGUCGUGUAUUUCUACAAAGAUGGAACGACCGAUUCAGACCAAAUAGUGGGGAUAGUGAUUUCCGGCGGGAGUUAUCAGCUGCAGAACUCUUUUGCCUCAAGAACUGACGUGACGGUUACAGUCUCUGAUCCAUCAUUUACGGUGACAAUUGGAACAGUCACAUUGGCAGAUGAGGGGAGCUAUUACUGCAAAAUAACAACCAUAGUCAAGAUACCCAUGUCAGUGUCUUCGGCGCAGAACCUAAAAUUAUUAUAUCGACCGAACCCACCCCAGAUUACACGAAGACCCCAAGUUGCCACAGAUACCUACCGGGUGACUUGUUCUUCUGAUGGCGGCAGACCAGCACCUGAGAUAAGAUGGUUUAAAGUAAAGAGUUCUGACCAGAUGCAGGUCACGUUAAAUGAAACCUCUGGAAAUGUGCAAAACCAGGGAGACACCUUUCUGGUCGAAAGUACAGUAGAAGUGAUGGCAACCCAAGCAGAUCCAGUGGAAUUAAUUUGCAAGCUCCUGCACGACUCACUCAUAAGUCAGACCACUACAAAUAUCACGGUGCCUGGAAGUGCUGCUCCUUCAACAACCACCACAGAAAAACCUACAAAUUCGACAGUCCCUUCAACUACCAACACAGCAAGAUCUACAGAUACGACAGAUCCCUCAACUAACAACACGGCAAAAUCUACAAAUACGACAGGCAAUGGUUGGAGAACAGUAUCGAUCGCUUUGAUCGUGUUAACAAUGUGUCUUUUUUGCAUAAUCGCAUACCAUGUAUUCCGCAUUCGGUCAUUGUCCAGGAGACUCAAAUCACAAGUAUCUGAACAUCAACAUGGCAGUGUUAUUACAAACAAUGUAACAGAACACUCCAACAACGUCAAUAACCAUGUUUCUGCUAAGCGCCAAACAGAUCAUUCCUCUGGUUUUGAUGGGGUUUAUGUGAAUUAUGACGAUACUGCAUUGGCGAAUAGUUACGAAGAACUUUGGCGAGAUAACUGUUCAGAUGGGCAAUACAUGGAACUUGAUGAGAACCAAUUGCCGUCGACUGCCACCAAUGGUACUGGUGACUCUAAGCAGAUUUAACUUUCCAAGGAUGAUCCUUGAUUUAACUUUCCAAGGUUGAAGACGUUUCGUUAUAGUCAGGAACCUCUUAACCUGUACUUUUUUUUUAAUUAAAGAUGUCAACAGUGUUCCAUGUAUAACAGAAGGACUUGAAAAGGAAGAUUAAUAUGUGAUAUACAAUCACCAAAGUAUUAUACUUCUUGCUGUCGUUUUCUUCUGUUUGUUAUGUUUACUUUUUUUAUAACUCAUUUAUUAAAUGACAUCCAGCCACAUGUGGGCAUGCUAGCUAACCGGUAGAGAAGGAACAAUGCAUUGUGGGAUAUAUGUUAAUUACCUUUAUAAUAUACAACAUCUCCCUUUUUUAAUUAAAAAUAUCUUUCAGUUAUUUUUUUUAAGUUGCUAAUAAACAUAAUC